CAAAACCCACAAAUCCAGUUUUAAGAAUAUAUAGAAUUUUUGUCUUCCAUUAAUGGCUCUCUCAAUGGAAAUCGAAACCGUUGAUCCUCCAUUCUCUUCAGAAAUAACACAAACCCAGGACGACGACGACAAGGCCGCCAUUGUGAGGACCCUCUACGCAGCCCUGGCGGCCGGCGACAGCAGCAAGGUGGCCGGAAUCGUGGCCGGCGAUCUAGAGUGGUGGUUCCACGGCCCCCAGAAGUGCCACCACAUGAUGAACAUGCUGACCGGGAAGUCGUCGGCGUUCCGGUUCGAGCCGCGGAGCGUGGACGUGAUCGAGGACCGGGUGAUCGUGGAGGGGUGGGAAGGGGCGCAGGCCUACUGGGUGCACGUGUGGACCAUUGAUCAACACGGCUUGAUAACUCAGUUCCGGGAGUACUUCAACACCUGGCUCACCGUCACGGAGCUCCGACGGGUCGGCCGCCUGAGCUCCUCCACGGUCUGGUGGAGCCACCCCCGGGACCUGGCCAAACGCUCACUCCCGGGGCUUAUGCUCACCAUUUAACGGUGUCCAUCUGAGUGAGGCUAGGGUGGUAAUUAAUUAAUAAUUCCUACUUUCAGUUAAAUUAAAUAAUUAAAAAAAUCCCAGAAAAAUGUUUUAAAAAACAAUAAUAAGAUGCAAAAAGCUUCAUUUGUAUGAGCAACCAUGAAACUGUAAAUUUAAAGUGUAAUUUUUAUUAAUAAAUUACACUUAGCUUGUUGUUCAAAAGUAUACCAAAUCUCUUAGCUUUUCUUUUAUUUAGUGACAAGAGAAAUUCGAACUAUUAUCGGAUGGUCUGAAUUAUGUAAACCAACUCUACUUUUAUGUAAUAAUUCACAAACUACUUAAAAGAAGUAAAUUGCAUUA